AUGAGUUGCAACAUUAAGGAGACCAUUACCGUGUCUAGCAAAGGCAGGAGCAGCGGUGGCAGCUGCAUCAUUGGUGGUGGUGGUGGUGGAGCACGGAUUUCUUCCUUUGGCAUAGGCAGUGGCAGAGGUUUUUCUGGAAGGAGCUACUGCGGUGGAGUGAAUUAUGGAGGGGGACUGAGUGUUGGGAGCUUGGCUGGUGGGAGCUAUGGAGGUGGCAACUGCUAUGGCAAUGGCCUCGGGUUUGGCCUCGGAGGCGGUGUGGUUGUUGGGGGUCUUGGUGGCGACUGCUUGCUUUCAUCCUGCGAUGAGAAGGUCACCAUGCAGAACCUCAAUGACCGCCUGGCCUCCUACCUGGACAAGGUGAAGUGCUUGGAGAAGGAGAAUGCUGAGCUGGAGUGCAGGAUCAGAGAGUGGUACGCAACACAGGGCCUCUCCUGCGAGCCCCGCGACUACAGCUGCUACUACAAAGAGAUUGAAGAUCUCCAGAACCAGAUUGUCUGCGCAACCAUUGAUAACAACAAGAUCAUCCUGGACAUUGAUAACAGCAGGAUGGCUGCUGAUGAUUUCCGUGUGAAGUACGAGACGGAGCUGGCGCUGCGCCAGAGCGUGGAGGCCGACAUCAACGGGCUGCGCCAGGUGCUGGACCAGCUGACGCUGUGCAGGUCUGACCUGGAGGCACAGCUGGAGUCGCUGCGGGAGGAGCUCUGCUGCCUGAAGAAGAACCAUGAGGAGGAGAUGAGUUGCCUGAGGAAGCAAUCAACUGGAGAUGUGAGUGUGGAGGUCAAUGCCUGCCCGGGACCAGAUCUCAGGCAAAUCUUGGAGGAUUUGAGAUGCCAGUAUGAAACACUGAUAGCGCGCAACCGCAAGGAAGUCGAGGAUUGGUACGAGUGCAAGAUUGAGGAGGUGAAUCGGGAGGUUAUUACAAGUGGUCAGGAGGUGGAGACGUGCAACAACCAAGUGACUGAACUGAGACGCCAAUUGCAAACCCUGGAAAUCGAUCUCCAAGCUCAGCUCAGCCAGAGAAAUAACUUGGAAUCAUCUCUGGCUGAAACAGAGUGCCAGUACAACUCUCUCCUCAGUGAGCUACAGAACCAGAUCACGUGUGUGGAGCAGCAGUUGGCUGAAAUAAGAGCAGAAAUCGAGUGCCAGAACCAAGAGUACAAGACCUUACUGGACGUCAAGUGCCGCCUGGAGCAGGAGAUCCAGACCUACCGGUGCUUGUUGGAAGGAGGACAGCAGGACCUCAUUCACGGAGGAGGAAUGGGAACUGGUGGAGGGGUCAUUAGGACGAGCCACACCUACACAACAACUUCAGGUGCCCACUGCCAGGCCCAGGUCCCACCCUGCAAGACUGGAGACAUACAAGUGACCUGCAGGAGAAUUUGUGAUUAA